AUGACGGUCGUCCGUGGUUUGCUCGUCGCGUUUUCUCUCUCUGUGCUCAGCGCCUCCAAGGGCUCCUGUGCCUCUUCUCCUAAUUUUGCUAGGGACGGUGGCCCUCCUACGAUUCAACUGGAUAGCGGCACCUUCGUGGGGAACCAAACCGGAAAUGCCACACAAUUUCUUGGGAUUCCCUAUGCCCUCCCACCGACGGGCGAUCUGCGCCUCCGGCUUCCCGUCGCCAAUCUCCCUUACAACGGCACCUACAACGCGUCCACCUUUGGGCCUAUCUGUCCCCAACAGUCCUUCGUACUCGAUCCGUCGGUGGUUGCGACGGUGGGUCCGAUCGUUGCCGAAUUGGCAUUUGGGCCUGGGAAUUAUCCGCAGAGCGAGGAUUGUUUGAAUCUGGAUGUCAUCGUACCAACGGGCACGACCGCGGAUGCGAAACUUCCGGUUGUCGUGUGGAUAUAUGGAGGCGCGUUUGAAGAAGGAGAUAUGCCACCGUAUCCCGGUGAGGCUAUUAUCGAAGGCUCCCUCGAGUUGGGUACCCCGGUCGUGUAUGUAGCAAUGAAUUAUCGCUUGUCUGCAUUCGGCUUCCUGCCUGGUAAAGAAGUCAAGGAAGCGGGUGUCGGAAAUCUCGGACUACAAGACCAGAGGCUCGCCUUGCGCUGGAUCCAGAAGUACAUUGAAGCCUUCGGUGGAGAUCCCAACAGGGUCAUCAUCUUCGGUCAAAGUGCUGGUGCCAUCUCAGUCGGUCUACAGAUGGUCACGAAUGGUGGCGACGCAGAGGGAUUGUUCCACGGCGGCUUCAUGCAGUCGGGAUCGCCCUUCCCCGUGGGCGAUAUCGCAGGAACGAAACCUCAGGCCGUCUACGACUCCAUCGUCGACAGAGCCGGCUGCUCGAACGCGACUGAUACGCUUCAAUGCCUGCGCGAACUACCUUUCAGUGUGUUCAAUGAUGUGUCCAACGAGACGUUCUCCUCGUUUUCCUUCCAGUCGUUGAACCUGGCAUUCGAGCCUCUCGCGGACGGUGGUUUCCUGAAGGAAGACCCUCAACAGCUGGUGCUCAAAGGAGAGGUUGCCAAUAUUCCAUUUGUUACUGGUGACUGCGAUGACGAAGGCACACUAUUCUCCCUUGGAAAUGCGAAUUUAACUACGGAGACGGAAACCAACAACUAUAUCGCGUCAAACUACUUCCCCAAUGCCUCCACGCAGGACCUCCAACCCCUUCUCGCAGCAUAUCCCUCCGAUCCCAGCGCCGGAUCUCCCUUCGACACCGGCUCUGCUAACAACGUUACAGCGCAGUACAAGCGCCUCGCGGCUUUCCAGGGUGACCUCAUUUUCCAGGCUCCCCGUCGCUUCUUCCUUCAACAGAGAUCUUCCCAGCAAAACGCAUGGUCUUACUUGUGGAAACGAGACAAAUCUACCCCUUAUAUCGGCUCGUACCACGGUAGCGACUCCGCCUACACCCCGGGAGAAGUCCGCGACGCGGUCAUCAACUUCGCCUACAACCUCGACCCGAACGGUCCCACUCUUGGCAUCAGCGAGUGGCCCAAAUACACGACCGAUGCGCCGACGUUGUUCACGCUUUUGGAUGGUAACGUGUCCGUAGCGCUUACGAACGACACGUAUCGUGCCGACGAGAAAUCCGAGAUCGUGUUCACCCAUUUCGUCGGCGAUUCGCAAGUCGAGAAUCGUUUCGUGAAGCAUAAUCUCCGACGGCGGUUUGACAUCGUCGACUUGAACACCAAAUCCGAUGCCUUCGCUAGCUCGAGGACUUUCAGGUUCUCCGCCGCGAUCCUCUAA